AUCCACAGCUUGCAUCAUCACAUCGCACACAUCGCAUCAGAUACCCACACACAUACCCACAAUGUCAGGCUUCUUCGGCUUUGACACGGCAUUACCUGACCGCGGCAAAGCACCCCAGCAGCCAGGCGGCUUCCAGGGCUUUGCUCAGCCCGGCGACGACUUCACCGGUCUCGGUGGCGCCGGCGCAGGCGAGGAGGAGGACCUGGCCGUCUACCAGUGGGGUGAGGGUGCCGGUGGCCUCCUCGAGACGGGCGACGACUUCAACGACGAGACGUUCGGCGACGCUGGCGGCUUUGACGGCGACUUCCAGUUCUCAUCACAGCCCCAGCAACAGUCGAGCAAGCCCCGUGUUGCGUCGACCAGGUCGCACUUUGGCCCCAAGGCCCAUGUCGACCUGUUUGCAGCGACCGAGGAUGACUUUUACAGCUCGCGCCCAACGCCCAAGAAGUCGAACAAGCCCAGCAAGAAGCAGCAGCAGCGCCAGCCCGAGCCUGAGCCGCUUUGGGCCAAGGCUUCGCCUGCGAACGCAUGGGGUGCUGCUCCCGCUGGCAAGACACAUGCCCAGUCCGGAUCCAUCUCGCGUGCUGCCCCUCCCCCUCAGCAGAUCCUGUCGAUCGACGAGAUCGAGGCUGAGAUGAGCCGCACGAGCAUCGACCAGCCGCGCGCUCCCCAGAGCCAGCAGGUCCUUUCGCUCGAGGAGAUUGAGAGCCAGCUGGUCGGUGGCGCCCCUCAGCAGCAGCAGGCCCAACAGCAGCAGCACCACCACCAGCAGCCACCCCAGCACCAGCAGGCAUGGCAGCACCCUCAGCAGCACCAGCAGCCUCCUGCUGGCCCAACACCCCCGCCGCAGGGAGCACAGAUCACUCCCCCGCCUGCCGGUCUCCCCGACUCGGGUUACGCCCGUGGCCAGGCCCUUCUUGACAGCAUGUUCCCCGACCUUGGCUCGGCGGCGCCAGCCCAGCAACAGCAGCACCAGCAGCAGCAGCACUUCCAGGGCCCUCCCCCCGACCAGCGCCAGCCUUCGCCCGAGGAGCUCGCUCGCAUGGAGGCACUGCACCAUCGCAUCUCGGCCAAGAUCGAGGCCAUGUCCAAGCACAACAACCUCAUGGGCAACUCGGACAAGGACUUUAUCACCCGUAUUCAGCUGUCGCAGCUCGCGUCGUCGGACCCCUACUCGUCCGACUUCUACGCCCAGGUCUACUCGGCGCUCGUGCGCCGCCGUGAGGCUGCCGAUGGCCACGGCCCUGCGCCGACAGUCGUCCAGGUCGCCCCAGGAAUGGGCUUUGGUGUGGGCGGUGCCGCCGGCAACCGUUUCGGCAAGAUGGGCACGUCGACGAUGCAACGCCUCAACACGCAGGUCAAGAAGCUCGUCUCGACCACGGCCAAGCGCCAGGCGAACAUGUCCAAUGACGCUCUCCAGGGCGCCCUCGGCCGUGUCCCCCGCCGCGGAGCUACCCAGGCUGCUCCCCGCCCAGUGCUCGCCGUCCCUCAGGCCCACCGUCCAGAGCACCGUCCGGUCAACGUCCUCAACCAGUCGACGGGCAUCACCCGCCCUGCGCUUACGCGCAAGCAGGUCAUGUUCGCGCUGGAGGAGCUCUACGACGACGUGCUCGAGCUCGAGCAGAUGCGCCGCGACGCCCCGCCCCCGACCGACGUCCCCCGCGUCGAGGCGUGGAACGCUGCUUGCUCUGCCAAGGUCGAGGGCCUGUGGAAGAAGCUCAUGGUUAUGGAGCCCCUGACGAUCAGCAACCCCCACCCGUUCAUCUCGCUCAUCAACCCGCUCAAGGGCCAGCGCCUCUUCCCCCGUCUCCUGCGUCACCUGCCCCAGCAGCAGGCGCUCACUCUCCUCACGCUUCUCAUCGCCACCUACCCCCAGCUCAACGUUGUCGCCCGCGCGCCCCCACCGCCGGUUGCCGACUCGUCGCUGCUCACCAAGGCCGACAGGCUGGACCGCGCGCAGCGCGAAGCCGAGACCGACUCGUUCCUGCACAACAUCAUCCCCGGCGUUGACAUGCUCAUCAACCAGUGCAACCUUGGCCUCGUCUCGGGUCUCCUUGGCAUUGUCGCGCAGCGCAUGGAGGUGUGGAAGGUCGCGUCGACGCGUCCCGGUGUGGCACUGUUCACCGCCUUACUCUCCCGCGCGCAGACCCUCGUCCGUGCGCCGCAGCCCGACCCGAACCAUCCCGAUCAGCCUGCGCCAGUGGACCCGGCCGAGGUCGACCAGUGGAACAAGACGUUUGCCUACCUGCUCCACCUCGUCAUGCCCCACCUGCCCGAGCUCUUCCCGUCGUCGCAGGCACAAAAGUUUGCGUUUGGUCCUGGCGCGUACCUCCUCGGUGGAGACGCUGCCGGCGCGAAGCAGUUCAACGAGAAGGAGGGCAUGGAGAUGGAGCGCCGCGAGGCCGAGACAUGGGCGUUCGCCGCUGCUCUCGCCGUCAACGCGCCCGAGGGCGAGCAGACCAACCUUGUCGCCGCGCUGCGCGAGAAGAUCUUGCAUACGGUGCAGGCCGCGCGUGACCCGCACACGCCACGGGCACGGGCCGAGCUCAAGCUCCGCAACGUGAACAUGUUCCUGCACGGCCUUGGCCUCGACGCGUCGAUGAUUGAGUAA